ACAUGAAUGUACACAAGCGCUGUGAGAACAGCGUCCCCAGCCUGUGCGGACAGGACCACACUGAGAAAAGAGGACGGAUUCGCCUGACCGUGCGUGGAGAGAAAGAGGACAUAUAUGUCACAGUGCAUGAAGCCCAUAACCUGAUACCCAUGGAUCCUAACGGCCUGUCGGACCCUUAUGUGAAGCUCAAACUCAUUCCUGAUCCAAAAAGCCAGAGCAAACAGAAAACCAAAACCAUCCGUUCUACACUCAACCCUAUCUGGAACGAGAGCUUCACCUUUUCAGUGCGCGGGAGGCAGUGGGACAGGCGUUUGUCUGUAGAGGUUUGGGACUGGGAUCGGACCUCACGGAAUGACUUCAUGGGCGCUCUGUCAUUCGGCGUUAGUGAGAUAUUCAGACGUUCAGUCAGUGGCUGGUUCAAACUACUCAACCAGGAUGAGGGAGAGUAUUAUAACAUCCCUGUACCUGACCCAGACCUGCAGGUACCAGAUGCUGCUCUCACGCCCUCUGUUCCUCCUGCUUCUGUUACUGUGACGACGCCUGUUCCUCCUGUGACCCCUCCUGCUCUGAGUCCGACUUCCACUGCACUGCACACGGGCAAAGGCCAAGUCAGGCUGCACGAUUUCAACUUCCUCAUGGUUCUGGGCAAAGGGAGCUUUGGCAAGGUCCUGCUGGCAGAGGAGAGGGGCAGCGAGCGCUUGUUUGCAGUGAAGGUGUUGAAGAAGGACGUGCUGUUUCAGGAUGAGGACACAGAGAGCGCUAUGGUGGAGAGAAGAGUGCUGGGCCUCGUGGGGCGACCUCCCUUCCUGACCUCCCUCUACUGCGCCUUUCAAACCGAGGAUCGUCUGUAUUACGUCAUGGAGUACGUGAACGGUGGUGAUCUUAUGUUUCACAUCCAAAUCGUCGGCAAGUUUAAAGAACCGCAUGCAGCGUUCUAUGCUGCUGAGAUCGCGGUGGGUCUGUUCUUCCUGCACAACAAAGGCAUCAUAUACAGAGAUCUAAAGCUGGACAAUGUCCUGCUGGACAGUGAAGGACACAUAAAGAUAGCAGACUUUGGGAUGUGUAGGGAAGGCAUGAUGGAAGGGGACACCACUCGCACCUUCUGUGGCACACCUGAUUACAUCGCACCUGAGAUUGUGGCGUAUCAGCCGUAUGGUAAAGCAGUGGACUGGUGGUCGUAUGGAGUCCUGCUCUAUGAGAUGCUAGCUGGGCAGCCUCCUUUUGAUGGUAUAGAUGAGGAGGAGCUGUUUCAGUCCAUCAUGGAACAGAGCGUUUCAUAUCCGAAGAGUCUCUCUCGGGAGGCUGUGGCCAUCUGCAAAGGGCUCCUCACCAAGAACCCUGCUAAGCGUUUGGGUGGAGGAGAGGAUGCAGAGAGAGAGCUGCGGGAGCAUCCAUUUUUCCGCUGGAUAGACUGGGACCGGCUGGAGAGACUGGAGACACAGCCUCCCUUCAAACCCAGAAGUGGAGGCAGAAAAGGAGAGAACUUUGAUAAUUUUUUCACAUCCGCCCCCUCCGCCCUCACGCCUUCUGACCCGGAUGUUCUCGCCGCUAUAAGUCAAGAGGAAUUCCAAGACUUCACCUACAUAAACCCGGAAUUUCCUCCCUCACCCCUAACAGCUGUCUGAGAAAACCUCAGUCAAUCCACACCAACCAUGUUUUGACUUUUUCUGCUCCUGUACAUGAUUUAAACUAUGGUGACCAAAAGAAAAGAAUGUGUAAUUUGGCUUCAGCUUGCUUACAAUAGGAGUCUGUCUCAAUUAGACCAGCAGUCACCUUCUGCAACAACACCACACUGAUUUUAAUCAUCUUAACGGUAAAGCAAACUAAGCAUUAAUAAUAUUUAGCCGGUCCACUCUGAGAGUAUCAGCCUGAAUUAUUUAAGGGUGAUGCAUUCAUGCCAUUAUCUCAUUGGACAAUAGGAUCUUAUUGGAUAUCCCUUUGGAUGCUAGUAGUUGCCAUGACCUAAUUAUAACUGAGUGCACUAUAGAAACCAGCAUGAACAUGAUUCCCCCCAUGUUUUAAAGUUCACUUCAAGCUGAUUAUUUAAUCUCAGAUCAAACUAAUGCGUUUCUGCUUGUCUUUGUGUAAGAUCCUGUUUGCCCUGGUUUGGUUUAGGUAACUAAAUAAGUGCAGACAGGUAAUACAGGCAGACAGCAAAUACUAGUAAUCAUCUAACAACUGGUAUAGAAACUCCGUAUAAUGAUUUAGGAGUCACACACAUGACAGCUAAAUGCAAAAAAAAAAAAAAAAAAAAGAAAGAUUAAUGCUUCAGCAUAUAAACUACUUGUUUGUGACAUGAAUGUUAAGAGCUGAAAUUCUAUAUCUCUAUAGAUGCAUCAGAAUUCAAUCCAAAUAUUACUCUACAUACAGACUAUAAAGUUUGCAUCAUCUUAGCAUUUUACAAAAAUAAGU